AGUAGGUCGUCAUCAUCCCCAACCCAACCCAACCCAGAGAAUUCAGAAUUCAACUCGGUUUGUCCGCAUCGCCGUCGCCGAUGGAGCCCAAUCCCAACCCGACAGUGGUGCUGCACGCCUGCCUCGGCGUGGGCCACCUCAUCCCCAUGGUGGAGCUCGCCAAGCUCUUCCUCCGCCGCGGUCUCGCCGUCGUCAUCGCCGUCCCGACCCCGCCGGCCUCCACCGCCGACUACUUCGCCUCCUCCGCCUCCGCCGUCGCGGACCUCGCAGCCGCCAAUCCCUCCGUCUCCUUCCACCACCUCCCGCCCCCGGACUACCCCGCCCCGGACCCGGACCCUUUCCUCCAGAUGCUCGACGCGCUCCGCCUCACCGUGCCCUCCCUCGCGGACUUCCUCCGCUCACUCCCCUCCGUCGCUGCCCUCGUGCUCGACCUCUUCUGCGUGGACGCCCUCGACGCUGCAGCCGCGGCCGGCGUCCCGGCCUACUUCUACUACACCUCCUGCGCCGGCGACCUAGCCGUGUUCCUCCACCUCCCCCACUACUUCGCCACGGCGCAGGACGGCAGCGCUAGCUUCAAGGACAUGGGCAAGGCGCUCCUCCACUUCCCCGGCGUACCGCCGAUCCCGGCGUCGGACAUGCCGCACACCGUGCUCGACCGCGCGGACCGGACCUGCGCCGCGCGGGUCGGGCACUACGGCCGCAUCCCCGAGGGGCGGGGCGUGCUGAUCAAUACCUACGAGUGGCUGGAGGCGCGGGCCGUGAGCUCUCUCAGGGACGGUGUCUGUGUCCCUGGCCGCCCCACGCCGCCGGUUUACCCCAUCGGGCCGUUGAUUGUCAAGGGUCAGGAGGCGGCGGAAGGAGAGCGGCACGCGUGCCUGUCGUGGCUAGACGCGCAGCCGGAGCGGAGCGUGGUGUUCCUCUGCUUCGGCAGCUUGGGCGCCGUCUCGGCGGCGCAGCUGAAGGAGAUAGCUCGCGGGCUGGAGAGCUCCGCGCAUCGCUUCAUAUGGGUCGUGCGGAGCCCGCCUGAGGACCCGAGCAAGUUCUUCCUCUUGCGUCCCGAGCCGGACUUGGACUCACUGCUUCCGGAGGGGUUCUUGGAGAGGACGCGUGACAGGGGGUUGGUGGUGAAGAUGUGGGCGCCGCAGGUGGAGGUGCUGCGGCACGCGGCCACCGGCGCGUUCGUGACGCACUGCGGGUGGAACUCGGUGUUGGAGUCAGCUUCGGCCGGGGUGCCGAUGCUGUGCUGGCCUCUUUAUGCGGAGCAGAGGCUGAAUAAGGUGUUUGUGGUGGACGAGAUGAAGGCCGGGGUGGUCAUGGAGGGGUACGACGAGGAGCUGGUGAAGGCGGAGGAGGUGGAAAAGAAGGUAAGGCUGGUGAUGGAGUCCGAGGACGGGGAGAAGCUCAGGGAGAGGCUGGCAUUGGCGAAGCAGAGGGCAGCAGAGGCACUGGCCAACGGUGGGCCGUCGGCCAUGGCGUUUGAAGAGUUCUUGAAGGAUUUGAAGCUCCCCAAAGGAUCAAGCACAGAAGCUGAGCAACUGAGCAUCAUGGUUGAUGAUGGAAGGUGACAUGCUAUAAGGCUAGCGUCAAUUCCAUCUCUGAACCCUUUCAAUGAGACAUCAUGGCUAUGAUUUGUGAGUUUUACAGACUAUCUGCUUCAGCAUUUAUACUCGGAAUGAAAUAUUGUACCUGUGCUUCCAAGCUGAGGGUAAUGAAAACUGCAAGAUUUCCUCAGUAGCAUGCUCUAUCAUAAAUCACAUUAUGCUGCUAAAUACUGAUACAAUGAUUGGUGAAUCAGUUCAGAAAAUAAAAGUAAGAAUUGGCAGUCACAAUGAGCUCUUGAGUUUAGCACGCCAGUGGCUCAUUGCUUGAUGAUUUUCCCUAACUAACUGGUCUAAUUUUACUGGUAUAUUACACAUUCAAAAUUUCAUUUAUUUAUGUUGAUGAAAAAAUUGUGAUAUCGAAUCCUCAAGUAAUGGCUAACUUCUAUAAGUUGUUACCAAUUUACCACCAUUGCAGUUCAUCUGUCAUACACCUUGAUCAGUUGCAUUUCCCGCAUUCGGAGGCUUAGAGCUGCUGUUCUCACCCAAAUCUCUCAAGAACUCGGUGAAUGCCACUUCAGAAGACCCGCCUUCACUGAUAGCCUCCAGAGCCUUCUCCCUCACCAACCACCUCUCUACCUGGUACGACAAGCGGCGACGACAACAGGCGAAGCGAGGUACUGAGCAAACAGAGGAGCACGCGGGCCAAGCGACCAACUGUGAUGUUGUUUGGAUCUGAAUGGCUCUGUAAGGUUGGCGUGGGCUAGGCCAGUGAGAGAGGGAGAGGCGUGUGUAUGUGUCUGAGUGAGCACACUUUAAGUUGAGCGGGAGUUAGCGGUAAGAGGACAGGCUGUAAGACUAAACGAGCGGAGCGGGGUGGUCAUGGAGGGGUAUGACGAGGAGCUGGUGAAGGCGGAGGAGGUGGAAAAGAAGGUAAGGCUGGUGAUGGAGUCCGAGGAUGGGGAGAAGCUCAGGGAGAGGCUGGCAUUGGCGAAGCAGAGGGCAGCAGAGGCAUUGGCCAAUGGUGGGCCGUCGGCCAUGGCGUUUGAAGAGUUCUUGAAGGAUUUGAAGCUCCCCAAAGGAUCAAGCACAGAAGCUGAGCAACUGAGCAUCAUGGUUGAUGAUGGAAGGUGACAUGCUAUAAGGCUAGCGUCAAUUCCAUCUCUGAACUCUUUCAAUGAGACAUCAUGGCUAUGAUUUGUGAGUUUUACAGACUAUCUGCUUCAGCAUUUAUACUCGGAAUGAAAUGUUGUACCUGUGCUUCCAAGCUGAGGGUAAUGAAAACUGCAAGAUUUCCUCA